AUGAUGAUGAACCCUAACUUGGGAAAACCAGACGACGAUUUGGCUGUUUAUGAUUAUACAGACAUUUCAAUGAAUGUGUGUCUUAUGAAAUAUGAAUAUAUAUUUGAUCCUUGGACAAAUGAUUCAAGGUAUUUAUAUUCUAAUGAAAAUAUGCAAAAUGAAAUAGAAGCCUUAAAUGAGUUAAUGAAAUCUAAAGUAUCCCUCACACAUAAAAAAAAAUAUUGGUUUCUUUAUUUAAAAAAAUUUUCUUUAUUGUUAUUUAUUUAUAUAUUUAUUUUGUUUAUUAAUAUUUUUUUUUUUUUUUUUAGAGUUUGCUUAUUUUUUAACCCAGCUUUUUCUUAUUUAUUUAUGACUAUUGGUUUUGCAGGAAUAUUUGUUUUUUAUAAAAUGAAGAAUGACCUUUCAAUAGCAUUUAUAUUUGCAUGUAUCUUUUUAGUUGCAUUCUCUCAUUAUAUUAUGUGUAUUAUAUGUAGUUAUAUAAUAACCAAGGGUGUUAUAAAUUCAGUUGAAACAAGAAUAAAAUCAUUAAAUAUAAAAUAUAAAAAAGAAAAAAUAUAUUUUAAAUUAAUAAACCUUAGUAGCUUCGGUUUAAAAUAUUUGAAACUUUUUACUUUAUCAAAAGGACAAGCAUAUUUUACAUUAAGGGUUAUAUAUAAAUAUUGCAAAAUUAUAUGA